AUGGAUUCGACAACUCAUAGGUGGUUCCUGCCAGAAGGACGGAGCAAGCGGGAGACGGUGGACUCUUUUGUCCUCCCUGCGCUCGUCAUGCCUGGAGGCGGAUCAGGCAAGACAUAUGAGAGCGACUUGCAGAGCAUUGCCGGCUCGCGAAGGGCCUCGGUGGCCUCAGUGGCGACAUACUCGACUGUCAAAGGGUCGCAGCAGCAGAAGCGCCUGUCGCAAGCCGACUACUUCACCAUCAAAGGCACACCAGGCGGCGUCGGCAAUGGCAAUGACGGCGGUAUGACCCCACGCGACUCGGUGGCCACAGACAUCAUGUCGCCCUUCACACCCUCGCCAUCCAUGUUCCCCGCGCCGCCAGGGAGCAACCAUGCGAUUCAGAUCGCGCCUCGCUCGCGGACGAGUCUCCAGCCUAUUCCCGCAUCGCCAUUGACAUCGAGUUGGCCAUCGCCGACAACGCCACACCGGGCUGGCGACGCUGCGGAAGGUGCGCUCUCGCCAGCGCUGUCGGGCCACACUCUUGUGUCUCCGACAAACAGCGGCCACCACAUGCAGCGCCCAGAAAAGGCAUACAGCCCCAUCCAGGAAGGCCGGCCGCAGGUUUCGCGGUUCACGAGCUCCGAGACCACGACCAGCGUCAUGACGGCGCAGUCGACGACGGGGCUGGCGCCGCUGACACGGCAGCAGGGGAACAAUCGCGAGAGCUGGCAGAGCGGGAGGACGGUGCGGAGCAGCAAGAGGCGGUCAGCCGCGCAUCAGCGGUCGUCCCUGCAGCCGGUUGGCGAUUACGAAGACAAUGAUGCCAUGGAGAAGGGCUCGGCGAUGGAGAUUUCAAUGGAUGCUGCAGCGCGCGCCGAGUCUCCGCUGCCACCACCGCCGCCGUUCAAGAACUACACAACGUUCACGGGGUUCCGACCGUACUCGGUGCACUCGUCAUACACCUAUGUUGACGAUGGGGAGAGCGAGGUUGGGGUGCCACCUCCCUCCGGUAUGGGCGGCGUGGCCGGCAAGCCCGUGUUCAUGGGUAGCGAUGGCCUGCCUGUGCGGCCAACAGCCGAGAUGCAGCAACGAGCACGCCGGCGCAAGAUCACUAUCCGCUGGAUGUGGGCCAUCGGCGUGCUGUGCUUCAUUGCGAUUGUGGUGGGUGUGUCGGUCGGGUUGAUCAAUGCGUUUUCGGCGCCGAAAUCAUGA